AUGCAGCUUCUUCUCCUGCUGCCUCUGGUAGCCGUACUAGUUACCGGAUCCGUUAUUCGUAAAGAUAUGGAUGAAGUCGAGUCGAACCGUGGAAGACAAGGAAUUAUUGAAGGAGAUAUUCUGAUGACUGAUGAUCAAAUCCAUGCGAUGAGUGCUGCUGGGAAACGUGCUAAGAGACAAAUCACGAAGAUUUGGAACAAGUGGCCAAAUGCAAAAGUCUACUACUUCUUUGAUUCUGCAUUCACUUCUCUGAAACGAGAAUUGAUUCGAAACGCCAUGAGCUUCAUCUCCUCCCAGACAUGUGUCACUUUCGAGGAGAGUUCGACCGCCCAGCAUCGAAUCAGGUUCAUGAAUGACGGAGGGUGUGCUUCGUACAUUGGAAUGAAUGGUGGAGAGCAACAGUUGUGGUUUGGAGACGGGUGUACUAUUUUCGGAACCGCAGUCCACGAGAUCAUGCACACCUUGGGUAUCUUCCACACCCACUCCCGCUACGAUCGUGACGACUACCUCCUCAUCAACCUCACCAACGUCCCUGAGAACAUGCUUGGAAAUCUUGAAAAGGAAUCCUCAACGACGACCUACAACGCAGUACCCUUCGAAUAUGGAAGCACUAUGCAGUACCGAUAUAACACUUGGGGAGAGGGAACUUUGUUCCCAAAACAAGCGAUUUACGAGAAGACAAUGGGACUUCGCCGCGUCUCGUUCUAUGAUGUCGUCAAUAUCAACAGUCGUUAUUCGUGCAGCUGCUCUAAGAAUCUAUCCUGUAAAAAUGGAGGAUACACCAACCCGGCGAAGUGUUCUGAAUGUAUCUGCCCUUCCGGGUACGGAGGAAUUCUUUGUGAUGCGAUACCCACUAGAAACACCAACGUCACCGCUGAAUCUUACUGGAAAGGCUACUGGAUCCAGUAUGGCUACGAGAAUGACACACUGACAACCAACUACUUCAUGUCCAACCUGAUUAUCUUUGCACCUCCUGAUAAGACCAUCGAAGUGCAGCUGAUUGAGCUCCAGGACUUUACCUGUGCCUAUGGAUGUAACUACAAUGGAGUCGAGAUCAAGGUCAAUGGAGAUCCGAGAAUCACUAACCCGGUAUUCUGCUGCAACGACGACACCGAUGUGAUCGGCAGAACAUUCCAGAGCAAGUUGAACCCACUCCCGAUCGUCUUGCAUCAAAGAUAUGGAAAGAGCAAGCUCACUAUCUACUACAGAUACGUGAACACACCGUUGAGCAAUAACAUGAAAAUCACCAAUGGGUACGAUGACUAUCAGUAUUAUGCAUGA